CGCCAUGUCACGUGACCUUUAUAAAAAUCCCGUAAAUAUCCGAGAUUAAUUUGCAAACGAUUAUAUUGAUCAAGAAUCACAAUUCACUGGUUAUGGAUAAAAUAAUGAGUACUCUGUAUUCCCAUGCUAUCGAGGAAACGAUACCAUUAUUUACACAGAGAGCAUCUUGUAUAAAACAAAGUCCGAAACGAAAAGUAAACAUCACGUGAUAAUAUCUUACAUAAUCCAGAAAUACAUCAGUUGCCCGGCCUCCUGAAAACGUUGAAAAUGAAAAUUCGUGAAAAUGUUUUCGCUCCUUUUUUCUUCACGAAACUGUUUUAUAGCGACACCCCUUAAAUCACGAAUUGUUUGUUUACAACAGCACCGUCUUUCGCGAAGCCUCUAGACAGUACAAUCCAAUUGACAAAGAUGUCCACUGCUCCAAACGUGUGUCGUCGUUGUAAGAAGAAGAGAUCCCCUGAUGAGACAGAGGCUACCUUGAAGUUUAGAACUUGUAAGCCAUGCAGGGAGAUUGAAAGAAAGAAGAAGAGAAUGAAGAAGCUCAACAAGUUGAAUGCUGGUGGUGGUGAUGCUGCUGCUGCUGCUGAGGCCAAUUCCUCUGGAUCUGCUGGUAAUGCUACUGGUGGUGCUGCUCAUGGCUCCUCUCGUGGUACAGACGCCACCGCCUCUGCUGGUACAAGUGCUGGGAAUGCUGCUGUUGCUGCUCAAUUGAGUGCUCAAGAUUCAUUGAAUGAGAAAAUCAUCAACAUUGCAAACCAAGCCUCAUUGCAAUCCCAACAACAAACUUAUGAACGUCAAACUCCUCAGCAUCAGGAAGUUCAACAACAACCUGAACAACAACAACAAUCAAGACAAGAAGACAAGGACAUUCCAAUCGAUGAAAGUUUAUUAAGAGAAGGUCAAUCAGGUAAUGAUCAAGAACUCCCACCAAAAAAUGAUGAUGAGAAGCAUCCAAAUGUUGCUGACAAUCAAAAAAAAGAAAGAGGUGGUGGGGUUGGUAAUUUAGCAGCUGAAGGAACUGAUGCUGCUUCACAAGAUGAUAAAUCUAAGGAUUUUAAUGAUGCUAAAGUGCUUGAAAGAGCUCUACAAAAUGCUAAUAAGUUAAUUGAUAGUACAGCAAAUAAGGAUCCUAAUGCAGAUUAUUGUCUUUAUUGCGGUGUUUUACGCGAUGUAAAUGAUAACGGUCGCUAUAAGCUUUGUGGUAAUUGUGUUGAUAAUCCUUUAGAAUCCAACGUUUGCAAUGAUUUCAAUGAAUAUUUAAACUUAAUUCAUAAUGGGAGAUUUUCAGAUGUUAAAAAUUUAAUUUUUUUAAAAAAAUUUGAAAAUGAUGAUGGAAUUAUACCAAAUUUUGAAAUUUAUGAUCAAAAUAAUUCAAAUGAAACCAAAAAAGAACCAACUAAUCUUUAUGAUAUCUUGGAAGCUUUAACAAAUAAUUUCAUCAAUCCCGUGAUCAUUGCUUCUGGAUUCAAAUUCUCUAAAGGUAGCAGUAAUUUAUCAGCAAAACCAUUUCCAAAAGCUAUUAAAGUUCUAUACAAAUGUAAACAAGAUGUCAAAACGACACAAAGAUCUGGGAAUAACAUUAAUAACAACAAUACUGAUGGUUCAUCUGACUCUCCAGGUGCAUUCAUUGAUCAGUCACAACAACAACAACAACAACCAUCAUCACCAGCAUCAAUUAACAACAGAAAGAUGAAGACUGAAAAUUGUAAUUCAAAUAUGUAUGUUAGUUAUGAUAUCUAUGGGAAAACUUUAAACAUCAAGUAUACACAUAAUAGCCACAAGACAUAUAUUGAAAAAUUAUAUUCAAAAGAAUUAAUUCAUAAUGAUUUGGAUAAGAUUUUUGAUCAUAUAACUGCCUUGGAUUUCCAUCAUCUGAAGAAUGAUUCACAAGAACUAAGAUUAGAGCUUCGAAGUCUGAAGAAGCCCAAUUUUAUCAGGGAUUUCACAGGCAACUUGCCAUAA